AUGGCCCUCUCAAUCUCUUCCAUAGCUACUCUCACUCUCACUCGCUUCUCGUCUUCUUCCUUCAAUCGUAUUAGUAAACGCUUCAGCUCCCGAGCCCCAACUAACACCCACAACCGCCCGCCAAUAAACCCCAAACCCCCCGCCGAUGUCGUCUCCGGUGCCUCCAAGCGACUCGGCGGUACCGCCAUCGAUUCCCUCGGCCGCCUCAUCUGGCUCGAGUCUCGUCCCUCUGAAUCAGGACGAGCGGUUCUGGUGAGAGAACCGGAUAGACCGGAGGGUGAACCGGUUGAUAUUACGCCCAAGGACUAUGCGGUUCGGACUCUGGCUCAGGAGUACGGAGGUGGCGCCUUCAGUGUUUCUGGCGAUACACUCAUUUUCUCCAAUUACAAGGAUCAACGCCUUUACAAGCAGUCCCUGAGUCCCAAUGAUUCUUCACCUGUGCCACUCACUCCAGAUUAUGGUGGCCCAGUUGUUAGUUAUGCCGAUGGGGUGUUUGAUGCACGGUUUAACCGGUUUGUCACUGUCCAGGAAGAUCGUCGUCAAAGCAGUACUAAUUCGACAACAACAAUUGUAACAGUAGGGCUAGAUGGCAAGAACAUUCGGGAACCAGAAGUACUAAUAGGCGGAACUGAUUUCUAUGCUUUCCCGCGUUUGGAUCCCAAAGGUGAACGACUGGCAUGGAUUGAAUGGUGCCAUCCUAACAUGCCAUGGGACCAGGCUCAACUUUGGGUUGGGUAUAUAUCCGACAGCGGAGAAGUCCAUAAACGAAUCUGUGUUGCUGGCUCUGAUCCUACAAUUAAGGAGUCUCCAAUUGAACCCAAGUGGUCCUCUAAAGGGGAGCUAUUUUUUAUUACUGACAGACAAAGUGGGUACUGGAAUCUCUAUAAAUGGGUUGAGUCUAACAAUGAGGUCCUAUCAGUUUAUUCCUUGGAUGCUGAGUUUUCUAAACCGCUAUGGGUUUUUGGCAUCAACUCUUAUGAAUUUAUUCAGAGCCAUGAACAAAAAAACGUAAUUGCUUGCAGCUAUAGGCAAAAUGGGAGGUCGUAUCUUGGAAUUCUGGAUGAUGCUCAGGGCUCACUAUAUCUGCUUAGCAUUCCUUUCACGGAUAUUGAUAAUAUUACUUUGGGGAUCAAUUGCCUAUAUGUGGAAGGAGCAUCAGAAGUUGAUCCGUUGUCUGUUGCUAAGGUGACUUUGGAUGAAGAUAAAUCAAAAGCGGUUGAUUUCAAGAUUAUUUGGUCUUCUUCACCUGAUUGCUUAAAAUACAAGUCUUACUUCAGCCUACCUGAAUUAAUUGAAUUCCCAACAGAAGUUCCUGGUCAAAUUGCCUUUGCAUACUUUUAUCCACCAUCAAAUCCCAAUUACCAAGCUACUCAUGAUGAAAAGCCUCCGCUGUUAUUGAAAAGCCAUGGAGGGCCCACAGCUGAAUCACGUGGAAUCUUAAAUCUGAGUGUUCAGUACUGGACUAGUCGUGGUUGGGCAUUUGUCGACGUUAACUAUGGUGGAAGCACUGGUUAUGGCAGGGAAUAUCGUGAACGGCUCUUGAAGAAAUGGGGAAUUGUGGAUGUAGAUGAUUGUUGCAGUUGUGCUAAAUAUCUGGUGGGUUCUGGAAAGGCAGAUGGGGAGCGGCUUUGUAUUACUGGGGGCUCUGCAGGUGGCUACACAACCUUAGCUGCUCUUGCUUUUAGAGACACCUUCAAGGCAGGAGCUUCCUUGUAUGGCGUAGCCGACUUAAACAUGUUGAGGGCAGAAACUCACAAAUUUGAAUCUCAUUAUAUUGAUAAUCUCGUUGGCAGUGAAAAGGAUUACUAUGAUAGGUCACCAAUCAACUUUGCUGAUAAGUUUUCUUGCCCGAUAAUCUUGUUCCAAGGAUUGGAAGACAAGGUUGUACCCCCAGAUCAAGCUCGUAAAAUAUACAAAGCUUUGAAGGAAAAGGGUUUGCCUGUUGCUCUUGUGGAGUACGAAGGAGAACAACAUGGUUUCCGUAAGGCUGAGAACAUCAAGUUCACGUUGGAACAGCAAAUGGUUUUCUUUGCACGUUUAGUUGGACGCUUCAAGGUCGCUGAUGAGAUUAAUCCGAUAAAAAUUGACAACUUCGAUUAAACAUUUAGUAAAGAGAGAUGCCUCGUGAAUCAUGCCCGAGUCUCAGUCUCAGUUUUCAUACGAUGAAUUAGGUUUGACAGGUUUGCUUCUUCAAGAGAUUUUUGUGCCGUCUGAGAAGCACAAACAAUUUUCUAGUUUGAAGGAACUUGUAGAUCUCCUAUUACACCUACAUGUAUGCAUGUGUUAUGUCCAACGUGAGAAAUAUGAAUUUAACUAUGUUUAACAUGUUCUCUGGUCUAUUAUGCCACGUUCGAUGUCAAGUUUGUUACGGUCUUUUUGCGUUGACUUGAUGUACAUAUGACACGUGUAACUUUUAAACCUGUGUGAA